AUGUCUCCUCAGAAGAAUUUCAGAAUCAAGCACUUCCUGUCCAAGAAACAAAAGCAAAAACCUCCUAUUCAAUGGACUCGGAUGGAAACCAGUAACAAAGUCAGGUGCAACUCCGAGAGAAGACACUGGAGGAGAACCAAGCUGAGUCUGAUCUUUGAUGGCUUCCGCUUGGCUAACGGAUCCCAUGAGUAUCUCCAGAGUGCUCCCAUCCUGCAGCUGCGGCGCCUGGCCCUCCGUGUGUGA